CCCUCUUUAGGCAGGGGUUCCACGAUUUCUACCUCAUUUGCAUGUCAGCCGGAGCAUUAGAACCACAUCGGCGGGACCACAUGAGCGGAUAGCAGACUCGCAAGAACGGCGCGCAACUACGGCUCGUGCUAAAUGUCGAAGGUUGUGCGGUGGUGAAAGUGUUUCUACUUAGCUCCGCGAUGGAUCCGUCCGAUCACGAGGAGGCGAGCGUUCUCUACAGUCCCGGAAGGGAGUCCAAAAUUGUUCCGCACAUAAACGCCAACGUGCGCAAGGAAACCAGAUGGACGUUUUGGUUGCUCACUACCGGUAUAUCGACCACGUUCGGAGCAGCUGUACCGACGGGCUAUAAUAUAGGCGUUAUUAAUGCACCGGCCAAUUUCAUCAAAAGCUGGUGCAAUGAUACUAUUUACGAAACGUACGGUAGCGUGUUUUCGGAGGGCAAUCUGGAGACGUUCUGGUCAGCUGUCGUAUCGAUCUUCCUGAUCGGAGGUGUCAUCGGAUCGCUCGGUGGUGCGUGGGUUGCUGACAGGCUUGGAAGGAAACGUUCCUUUCUAUUAUGUGGCUUUCUGCUUUUCUUCGGCGGUGUUUGCUUCCAGUUCUGCCAAACGCUCAGUUCCGUCGAGCUUCUCAUGAUCGGUCGCUUUGUCGUCGGGCUAGCCGCAGGACUAACCACCAGCACGGUUCCAAUGUAUCUUACCGAGUUGGCCCCGCUAGGAUUGCGUGGUGCACUCGGUGUAUUCUGCUCCAUGGGCGUCACCGGCGGUGUGGUGGUGGGACAAAUUAUGAGCCUGGAAGAGGUAUUCGGCACCGACGAUCACUGGCAGUUUGCGCUCAGCUUCUACGUCAUACUGGUGGUAAUGUUUUUCGUCCCAUAUCCGUGGUUGCCGGAAAGUCCCAAGUAUCUGUUCGUCAUUCGGCGGCGCCACGACGAGGCCGUGUAUGAGUUGAAACGCGUUGCUGGUAGCAAAGUUCGGGACGAGUAUGUGCGCGAGCAGAUCGAAGUAAUGCGGAGAGAGUGCACACCGGAGAACGAGGAGGAAGCGUAUGGUGAUGGCAGCAGUGCGACGGAAAAGCCAAAGGAACGCUCCAUCUGGUCGGUGCUCAGAGAUCCAAUGCUGUUGCUACCGCUGGUUCUUGUUUGUGCGUUACAGGGCGGUCAGCAGUUAUCCGGAAUCAAUGCGGUAUUUUUUUACUCCGUAUCGAUCUUUGAGUCCGUAGGCUUAAGCUCGACCGAUGCUAAGUUUGCGAACCUGGGCGCCGGUUGCCUCAAUCUGUUCGUUGCGUUCUUCAGUCCAAUCCUGAUGGCAAAGUUUAACCGGCGCUUCCUGGCCCUAACAUCCUGUGCGAUGUGUGCAAUAUUUUUGUUCUGCCUCACGUUCAUCGUGUUCUUUAUCGACGACGUGGAAUGGUUUUCCUACGCAAGCAUCGUCGCCAUUCUGUUGUACAUUCUUUUCUACCAAAUUGGCCUUGGACCCAUCCCUUACUUCAUCGGUUCCGAACUCUUCGAGGUUGGGCCUCGGCCAGCGGCCAUGGCCAUGGGCAGCUUGGCAUCGUGGGGCUGUAACUUCAUUGUGGCAAUGCUGUUCACCACGCUACAAAGUGCCUGGGGAGCGUUCGUAUUCCUGCCGUUUGCGUGUACGUGCGUGGCACUGACCGUUCUGCUGAAGAUCUAUCUACCCGAGACGCGCGGUAAACACAUUUCGCAGAUUGUGCCACUCGUCGCCAAAGGCUUCAGCUCCAAACCGCUACUAGUGCCUUAA